ACUGUAAUAUAUUUUGUGGUAAAUGGUUAUAGCUAGUGUUGACUAUUGAUAAUUAAUAAUUAUUAGUUUAAAGUUUUUAAAUGCAGUUGAGAAGGGGCAAUUAGACGUGUAUAAUUCAUUAGUACACGGCUUUCUAUGUGUCUAUCGACUAUCAUCGGUCAAUAAUUCUGUUAUGUAAAUUUUCAGACAUAAAACGCAAAUUAUUUUUGUGAUUUUAAAUUAAUUUUUGUGUGUCUACUACCUACCCGACAUAUUAAAUACGAUACAUUAUUUCCAACGUAAUAUACUCAUGAAUAAUAUUUAAAUAUUCUUAAGACGAUUUAAGUACUAUAAGUAGAGUAUGAAAAGUAAUUUUUGACAAAAACUUAAAUAAAAAAAAUAAUAUGGAUAAUUUAAGAUUUGAUGGACGAGUUGUUAUUGUAACUGGAGCUGGUGCAGGUUUGGGCAGAGCUUACGCGUUAUUGUUUGCUGAACGGGGAGCUUCAGUUGUUGUCAAUGAUCUUGGAGGUAGCCGAUCCGGAGAUGGAAGUAGCAGCAAAGCAGCAGAUACCGUUGUUUCUGAAAUACGAGCCAAAGGCGGUAAAGCGGUACCAGAUUACCACUCUGUAAUUGAGGGUGAAAAAUUAGUACAGACUGCUCUUGAUAAUUUUGGACGUGUUGAUGUGGUUGUGAACAAUGCUGGUAUACUUAGAGAUAAAUCAUUUGCUCGGAUAAGCGAAUCUGACUGGAAUUUGGUUCAUGACGUUCAUUUGAAAGGAGCAUUUAAAGUUACACAAGCCGCAUGGCCUCAUUUUCGUAAACAAAAUUAUGGCCGUGUUAUUGUUACAAGUUCAAAUUCUGGCCUUUACGGAAACUUUGGACAGGCAAAUUACUCUGCAGCAAAACUUGGUUUAGUAGGCCUUUGUAAUACAAUAUCAAUUGAAGGUCGAAAGAACAAUAUCAAUUGUAAUGUUAUUGUGCCGACAGCAGCUUCUCGACUCACCGAAGAUAUUUUACCCCCUGAUUUUUUUGCAGAGUUGAAACCCGAACUUAUUGCACCAGUAGUUGUAUGGCUUUGUCACGAGAGUUGCGAAGAAAAUGGUUCUAUUAUAGAAUCGGCUGCCGGAUGGGCUACAAAAUGCUAUUUGGUUAGAGGCAAAGGUGCUCUGCUUAGACAUAGGAUUACGGAUUCAGUCUCUCCUGAAAAUGUGCGUGAUGUUUGGCGUGAACUUACUGAUAUGUCUCAAGCUACUAGACUAAACUCUAUUGAAGAGGCAUCAUCGACUCUAUUAAAUGUAUUGGAUGAAAUUAAAUCUGGCCUACCUCAAGUCGAAAAUGAAUCAAAUAGCGUAUUUAGUUUCACAAAUAGAGAUUCAAUCAUGUAUGCUAUUGGUGUUGGAGCUAAUGUAAAAGAAGAAAGCGAUUUACAAUAUUUAUAUGAAUCUCACGAUAGCUUCUCAGCGUUACCAUCGUAUGCAAUUUUACCUAGUUUAAUGGCGACAAUGAGUAGUAUUCUUAUUUCAAGUGCAAUACCGGGAAAAGAAUUUGAUUACUCACAAGUUUUACACGGCGAACAAUAUUUAGAAUUGCACAAACCUAUGCCUGUUGAAGGUAAACUGACAUCCAAAAUUAGUGUUUCAGAUGUUGUGGAUAAAGGAAAAAACGCAGUCAUUGUCGUUGAUGGGAAAACAUACGAUGAAAAUGAUGAUUUGAUCGCAACCACUCAAAUAUGUAUAUUUGUAGUAUCGGCUGGUGGAUUCGGAGGUAAACGUUCUUCAGAUGUAGUAAUUUCCCCGCUUGAUGAACCUAAACGGUCUCCAGAUUCCACUGUUGUCGAGAAGACAUCCGUUAAUCAAGCGGCUGUUUACAGAUUAUCUGGGGAUCUCAAUCCUUUGCACAUUGAUCCAUCUUUUGCCUCGGUUGCUGGUUAUCAAUCGCCAAUACUACACGGACUUGCUACUUUAGGCAUGUCAGUACGCCAUAUAUUGAAGCAAUACGCAGACAAUGAUCCAAAAAAAUUUAAAUCUCUCAAGGUGAGAUUCAGUAAACCUGUUUUUCCUGGCCAAACGUUACAAACAUCUAUGUGGAGGGAGGGGAACCGCAUUCACUUUGUCACUACUGUUCAAGAAACAAACUCCAGAGUCUUAUCAGGCGCAUACAUGGAAUUGCACGAAGUUAACCUGCCGGCCAAACCUCAUGUGGUGUUGUGCGCUGACGCCGUUGAAGAGUUACCUAGCGAUGCGGUAUUCCAAGGAAUGCAAGAACGCAUAGAUUCCAAUCCUAGUUUGGUCAAGACGAUUAAUGGCGUGUUUUUGUACCACAUUACGAAAAAUGGAAAAGUUGUCAAAUCUUGGACUGCCGAUUUAAAAACGGGCAAAAUUUACAAAGGCGAACCCGAAAAAGGAGUUAAAGCAGAUACAACAUUGACCAUUGAUGAUACAGAUAUGAUCGAUUUGGCACUAGGGAAGUUAAAUCCUCAAAUGGCAUUUAUGAAAGGAAAAUUAAAAAUCAAAGGCAAUCUUAUGUUAGCCCAAAAAUUAAAAGCAUUAAAUACUGAUGCCAAAUUAUAAGGAUAUUGUUUAUAGAUUAUGUAUUGUGAUUAAUGGGAUCAAAUUAUAUAAAAGGAUAGGGUGUACUGUUUAAAUAUUUUGGUAUUGGAAUUUAUCACUUUAAUGUGUUAAUAAUAUUUAGAAAAAACGUUUAUACUUGUUUUUAUUUAAAUGUGAAAUUGUCUAUUACACAGUUUAUUUUGUUCGUUUUUUUCAUUCCAUGAGGAUUUAUUUAUUAAACUAUUAUAUAUUUAUCAUUUGA